ACCUCGGAGAUCGAAGGAGACGCUAGCUUGUGACAUGCGAGUCGAGAGAAUAGGGAGCAGAGUGGAGCGAGGAUUCGGGGCGAGCAAAAGAAACAACAAGAUACGAUCCCACCCAUCAUCUCUCUCCCCUCUCUCUCGCUGUAGAUCUCUUGCUCCCGAGUCUCCCGGGCUUGCCACCACUCGGCACUCGCCACUCGCUCGCACACUCUUCUCGGCUCCCUCGCACUCGCACCGCACCUAUAUAUACCCCGCUCGUCGCGCCUCUGAUCCCACACACAGCCGCAGGUUUCUUGAUCCGGUAGCUAGGCUGCACGGACCGUGCUGCGCCCCCGCCGCGCGCGUUUGCCUACCUCCUUGCCGCACCGCCACCUGCAGCCAACACGCGCGCGCCUCCUCGAUCGAUCUCCUGCUUUCUUGCAUCCUCCUCGCCGAUCGAUCGUUCUCUUCCGGCUCCGGCCGGUCAUGACUUCGUGAUGCCAAGAACCACGCGCGUCCGCGCCCAUUUCUUCGUUCCCUCUCGCGCUCCGUGAGGCGCCCGCGCGUGAAGAACCAAGCGCGUGACCAAAGACUCGACCUCAUGUUCGGUUGAUUUGCCGGCGCGCCAGCGCGACGAAGGAGAGAUGGUGCAGGACCACGCCAACAACCACCACCACCUGCAGCUGGCCAAGUACGGCGGCGCUGGCGGCAACGGCAACAGCAUCGCCGGCCCCGGCCCCGGCGUUUCGGCCACAGGCGUGGCGCGGGCGUCGAGGAAGAACAAGCCCAAGAAGAUCCCGCAGCGCGGCCUCGGCGUGGCGCAGCUCGAGAAGCUCCGCAUCGAGGAGCAGAAGAAGAUGGGAGGGUCAGGGACGGCCACGCCGUCGGCGCACGCCGGCGGCCUCUGCCAGCUCCCCACGCUGCACCAUCUUCCGCCUCCGGCGCCCCCACUGAGCGCUCUGUCGAGACCAGCCGCGGACGGCGGCGCGCACUGCGGCUUCCGGCCGGUGCUCUGGGGCCCGGUGGAUCCCACGAAGCACCCGUACAAGAGAAGCCUGUGCCCUCAGCCUCCACUCCCAAUGGUGACCACGGGCCUGUCUCUGACGGCGCCGUCCAGCCACCCAACGGAGCCCCCUUCAAACCAAAUGUACAGAAGCAGCACGAGCAGCAUGGCGGCGCCGACCGAGGAGGAGAUCAGGGAGACGGCCGGCGUGGAUAGGUCCUGGCCCUUCAUGUUCGAGGGCAUGACUUCCUUCAGGACGACAAACAAAGCCCUUCUUCCUCCUCCUCCUCCGGUGCCCACUUUCGCCAUCAGGACGGCAAGCGAUUCCGGGUUGGCCGAUGCUAGUCCUGACCUGAGCAGAUACGAGUUCAGAGCAACUAAUUACUUCAGUGGAAGUGCGUACCCAAAUUGUUCAGACUGGACAUCAGAGUUGGCUCACCGUAAGGAUGCCGGCCAUGGCAGAGACGCUGCCUUGCUCACCUUGAGCUCGCGGCCUCCACACCUCAUCAAGCAGCCUCACGUGGCGCCAUCAAUGCACAGCCCGGAGUACAGAGACUUCAGUGCCAGCGCCAUGCCAUCCCAGGCAACAUCGUCGUCGUCGCAGCCAUUCUACACCUUCCUCCCGGUCGGUCCGGUUCGCCGCGAGAGAGCCCCAAGCGAGUGCAAGACCGACGUGUCGGAAGGCAGCGUCGACUUAGAGCUGAAGCUAUGGCAGGGCUGAAUGAUAACCACAACACACCCCCUGUUGUUGCUUUCUGAUUAACAAUGGGACCAAAUAUCUAGUCAACAAUGGCCUGCUGUGAGAGAAAAAUGUUGAAACAUGUGUUUAAGUAGUAAAGAUCAGAUGUAAAACAAGAACUGAUUUUUAGGAGAUGUUUGCACUGCCAAUAAACCUUCUGGUGAUGGUAACUUACUUAACCACUCUGUUCA